AUUAGCAUUCAACUGAAACCAGCAUUCAGUGUGACAUCUGUAUGUGAGAUGGUGGAUUUUCGCUGAUGCCUGGAGGCUGAGUGUUUCUAUGGAAAAUAUAUAACCAAGUAAGAUGCAGACCCAGCAUCGGCUCGCAAAAGGCAAAGAUCCUGUGGUCUGAGACAGUAGUGUCUCCCUUCCCCGGAGAAGGAAUCACUCCAAAUCAAUUGGCAAGCUCAGAGAAGAGAACAAAGACUUGAGGGCAGCACUAGCACACAUGAUUGUCACUCCAGUGUCCACUGAUGCCCUCUCCAUGUCUGCUCAUAAUAAAGCCCUGAAAACCACUGAGGAAGCAGCUCUUCAGAUGAUCUUGAAUUGCCAAUUUGGGGUUGGGACUGUGGCCAACAUCUUUCUGUUUGUCCAUAAUUUCUCUCCAGUCUUGACUGGCAAUCGGAUGAAGCCCACCCAGGAGAUUCUCAGCCACAUGGCUGUGGCCAAUGCCUUCAUCCUCCUCAUCACUGUGUCUCCAAACAAUAUGAUGGUUUUUGCUCCAAGGAUUCCGCUUACUGACUUCAGAUGUAAACUUGAGUUCUUCAUUCGCCUGGUGGCUCGAAGCAUAAACUUGUGCUCCACCUCUGUCCUGAGUACCUAUCAGUUUGUCACUCUUGUUCCUGGUCAUUGGGUUAGCCUCGUGCUCAGAGGAAGAGUGACACAUUUGGUGAGUUAUUCUUGUUAUGGUUGUUGGUUGGUCAGUGUCAUAAAUAAUGUCUACAUUCCAAUGACAGUCACUGGUCCACAGAAACCAGGCAAUGACACUGUUCCUAGAAGCAAGUUGUUCUGUUCCACCUCUGGUUUCAGUGUAGGCAUUGUCUUCUUGCGUUUUGCUCAUGAUGCCACGUUCAUCAGCAUCAUGACCUGGACCAGUGUCUCCAUGGUGAUUCUCCUACGUAGACAUCACCAGCGAACAAAGCACAUCCUCACUCCCAUUCAGGACCACAGAGUCCAUGCGGAGACCAGAGCGGCCCACACCAUCCUCACGCUGGUGGUCACAUUUGUUAGCUUUUACCUCUUAAAUUUUAUUUGUAUCAUCUUUCACAACUUGUUAAUAGACUCUCGUCUCUGGAUGAGACAUGUAGGUGAAGUUUUGGCCGUAAGCUUUCCCACUAUCUCUCCUUUUCUGUUGAUCUUGAGAGAUCCUAAGGAUCCUUGUUCUCUGCUCUUCCACCAUUGA